AGUCAUGGUCCUCUUGAAGGGGUGAGGGACUAUGAGGUAGUCCGACCCAUCAGACUUCAUGCUCUGCAGAAAAGAGAAACCGAGGUAAGUUCUUCUCCUGUUCUUCCUCCCUGCACAGGAGCUGUUUUGCUGUGAAAUACUCUGUAGACAUAAAUGCCAAACUAUUCUUUAUUAACAAUUGUGUUUACUGCUUGUAACAAAGUGGUAUAAGAGACCAUGUUAAUGUACUGGGGAGAGAUUAUAUCUAUGGUAUCAACUAAUCCUAAUCCUCUCCCUCAGUCAUCCAGGCCAGAAACUAUUAAGUAUGCAAUGAGAGUGGGUGGGAAAGACAUUGAGAUGCACCUGGAGAAGAAUAGGUACAUACUCUGGCAAAAGCCAUCUCUUUCUACAAAAUGUUAACUUCUCACACAAUAUAAAUAAGCUUAUCACAUGCUUCCUCUUUCCCCUAAAUAAGGAUGUGCACUAUGUGGAGAACUGUUUUACCACAGUCUAGUGUUCAGUUCCCAUUUGUAGCCAUACACUGCAUCCUCAAAUAUCAUUCAAGAAAUAUAUUAAUUUUGUUAUCACCGCAUUAAUUCCUUUGAACAUGUAGGUCAGUCUGAGGAAAUAUGUAAUGAAUAACUUUUUUUUUUAAAUAUCCCCUCAGGGAAUUACUCACGAAAGACUAUAGUGAGACUUACUACACUGAGGAUGGCACACCAGUCACCUCUACGCCUCAGGAUAUGGUAAGUGAUUAGAACAUACCCUUGAUAGGUAGCCAUAGGCUGUUUCUAAGUGCCUUGAUUAAGGCCCUUUAACCUUCAUUCUCUUCUCCAGGAUCACUGCUACUAUCACGGCAGUAUUGUGGAUGACAGUGAAUCUACGGUCAGCAUGAGCACCUGCAAUGGACUCAGGCAGGCAGCCCUACAUUUCUAUUAGUCCACAGUGAAACACUAUUUCAUACCCAAAAUCGAUUGUAUAAUGUCUAUUAUGUCUUUUUUAUUUUAGUGGAUAUUUCAGAACGGCCACCCAAAGGUACCUGAUUGAGCCCCUGUCAGGGGGGGAUGAUGGUGAUCAUGCAGUGCUGAAAUACGAGGACCAGAACUCCAAGCCUAUGCUGUGUGGAGUCACUAAUACUACCUGGAACGUAGACUACCCUUCCACUGCUAGCAGGAGCCGCUCUCGAGCCUCAGUAAGACAUCCAAUCCAUUAAUAUACCUAAAAUGUCUGUAGUUAAAUAUAGUCUGAUAUUCCCUAACAGGAAAUGAUGUGUUCUGAUGAAGGCCAUUGAUGGCCGAAACGUCACCUUUUUGUCUUUGCUUGAAUAAAACAUUGAGUUUUUAAUGGUGAGCGAGCGUUGCGCCUUUUCCUUUUCAAUGAUGAUCCAUUUUUAGGGGUUGCACCUCAACUCACAUUGGUUGAGCACCCUUCAUUUCUAACCACGUUUUCCUGUUUAUUAGGGUCCAUCUAUACUUCAACAGCAAAAAUAUGUUGAGCUUGUCCUUGUUGCAGACAACCGUGAGGUAAGAACUGACAAUACACCAGAAACACAAGUACCUCACCUCUACCAGAAUCAACACAAUACACUUGAACAUUUCAUUCUCAUCAUUUCUUUGGCCAUUAUUUUGACCAAAUAAUAUUUAGGAAACCAACCUAUACAGUGCCUUUGGAAAGUAUUCAGACCCCUUGACUUGUUCCACAUUUUGUUAGGUAAUAGCAUUAUUGUAAAAUUGAUUACAUUGUUUUUUUCCUAAUCAAUCUACACACAAUACCCCAUAAUGACAAAGCAAAAACUGUUUUUUAUACAUUUUUGCUAAUAAAAAAACAACUAAAAAACUGAUAAACAUUUACAUAAGUAUUCAGACCCUUUACUCAGUACUUUGUUGAAGCACCUUUGGCAGCGAUUACAGCCUUGAUCGAGUCUUCUUGGGUAUGAUGCUACAAGCGUGGCACACCUGUAUUUGGGGAGUUUCUCCCAUUUCUCCCAGGUUGGAUGGGGAGCGUUGCUGCACAGCUAAUUUUAGGUCUCUCCAGAGAUGUUCGAUCAGAUUCAAGUCCGGGUUCUGGCUGGGGCACUCAAGGACAUUCAGAGACAUUCCUUCGCCCCAGUCUGAGGUCCUGAGCGCUGGAUCUCUCUGUACUUUGCUCCGUUCAUCUUUGCCUCGAUCCUGACUAGUCUCCCAGUCCCUGCCGCUGAAAAACAUCCCCACAGCAUGAUGCUGCCACCACCAUACUUCACCGUAGGGAUGGUGCCACGUUUCCUAAAGACGUGACGCUUGGCAUUCAGGCCAAUGAGUUCAAUCUUGGUUUCAUCAGACCAGAGAAUCUUGUUUCUCACGGCCUGAGAGUCUUUAGGUGCCUUUUGGCAAACUCCAAGUGGGCUGUCAUGUGCCUUUUACUGAGGUGCGGCUUCCGUCUGGCCACUCUACCAUAAAGGCCUGAGUGGUGGAGUGCUGCAGAGAUGGCUGUCCUUUUAUAAUGUUCUCCCAUCUCCACAGAGGAACUCUAGAGCUCUGUCAGUGACCAUCGAGUUCUUGGUCACCUCCCUGACCAAGGCCCUUCUCCCCCGAUUGCUCAGUUUGGCCAGGCGGCCAGCUCUAGGAAGAGUCUUGGUGGUUCCAAACUUCUCCCAUUUAAGAAUGAUGGAGGCCACUUUGUCCUUGGGGACCUUCAAUGCUGCAGACAUUUUUUGGUACCCUUCCCCAGAUCUGUGCCUCGACACAAUCCUGUCUCAGAGCUCUACGGACAAUUCCUUCGACCUCAUGGCUUUGUUUUUGUUCUGACAUGCACCGUCAACUGUAGAAACUUUAUAUACUGUAGACAGGUGUGUGCCUUUCCAAAUAGUGUCCAAUCAAUUGAAUUUACCACAGGUGGACUCCAAUCAAGUUGUAGAAAUAUCUCAAGGAUGAUCAAUGGAAACAGGAUGCACCUGAGCUCAAUUUCGAGUCUCAUAGCAAAGGGUCUGAAUACUUAUGUAAAUAAGGUAUUUCUGUUUUUUUAUUUUGAAUACAUUUGCUAAGAAAUCGAAAAACCUGUUUUUGCUUUGUCAUUAUGGGGUAUUGUGUGUAGAUUGCUGAGGAUUAUAUAUUUUUUAAAUCCAUUUUAGAAUAAGGCUGUAACGUAACAAAAUAUGGAAAAAGUCAAGGGUCUGAAUACAUUCCGAAGGCACUGUAUCUAUCAAAUAUUCUUAAUAAUCUUAUCCAAUUAGAGAGUAAUGCAUUGUGACAGGAUGUCCGUUGUUCUCUUGUGAGCACACUAAAACAUAUUGCAUCCAUACCGUUUCAGUACAAGAAGAUGGAGAGUAAUCUCGGAAAGCUGCGUACGAGGAUAUUUGAAGUGGUCAACUUUGUCAACAUGGUGAGUCAGUCACAUGGUGACGCCAGCAUUAGCAAACUGCAGUACAUCCCUAUAAGAUCCCCUUACAGCACCAUGUCCCUGCUGGCCUGGUAACCUAAUAUCAAACACCUCUAUGUUUAAUUAGAUUCUCACCACACCUUUUUUGUCUUCUGGCACUGCUUGUACAGUCCUUGUUUGUUUCUCUGCCUUAUGAAGGUCAUCCAAUUGAAACCUCAGUAUGUUUUAAUUGUUAUCCAAUGAACUGUAACGGUUUCCAGGACACCGAUUAAGCCUAGUUCUGGACUAUGCUUUUUCUCUGUCAGGGUAAACCACACCUAAUUGUUUUAAUGGGGAGAGUCUUACCUGACCAUGAAAUAAAUCUGCCUGCAGGUAUAUAAGCCCCUCAACACCUUUAUUGCCCUGGUUGGUCUGGAGGUAUGGUCAGACAGCGAUAAGAUAUCAGUGACCGCCCCUGCUGGUGCCACCCUGGAUGCCUUUACCACGUGGAGGAACAGCGACCUGGCCAAGACCAAGCCCCACGACAACGCACACCUCAUCAGGUAGGCCAUGACGUACACACCUCAUCAGGUAGGCCACAACGCACACCUAAUCAGGUACUAUUGGACUCAGCCAAAGAAAUUUGGGGACACUCUUUUUACACCACUUCGAUACAGCUACGACCGGAAGUGAUUUUCGUAGCAGGUUAGGUGAUAAUGUUUUGCUUUUCCUAACCGUAACCUAAUUCUCCUAACCUGCUACAAAAAAGGUCACUUCUCGUCGUAGAGGUAUCAAAGUGGCAUGAAAAUAGUGUUUCUCGUUUGGUGUGUGCUUGUCAGGCGUCUUUAUAGGGUCAGCUGAUGGUCACCUGAUGGGUCACCUGAUUAGGCCAUCUUGGUUUGGAACGUUGUCAUUCUUGAUAGACCCACAUUGAAGAAUUUAUAACAUGGGUAUUUAACAUCAGAAUCAGAAUCUCCUUUAUUCGCCAAGUACAUUUACACCUACCCAGUCCACCCAGACAACAUACAGAUACAAUAUCAAUAUUUCGGUGCCUGAGGACAAAACUUCAGAACACAAAACAGCUGGCAAUGUGUCCCUAAUAUUCAGUAGCUCAUCCUGAGUAAUAGUAAUCCGCAUUUUGUUGCAAAUCCACGAUUAAACAGACAAAAACAAUGAAUACAUGGGCAAUGCAAAAACACUGUGGCUGACAUGUAUACGUAUGUGGGGUUGAUAUGUUUCUUGUUCCCUGUGUUUCAGUGGCAUUGACUUUGAGGGCUCGACGGUGGGUCUGGCCUUCAUCGGGACUUUAUGUUCAGGUCAUUCAGUUGGGGUGGUGCAGGUAAAGUACAUUUCAUUAGGUCUACAUUUGCCAACACAAUAAGCUGCCAUUAUUUGUGUUAGUAGGCUUGAUUUUGCAUGAGGAAUUGAACAAGUAAAAUGGGACAAUGGAGAGGUUCUACCAAGUUUCCAAACUGUGAAGUUUACAAAGCAGAAAAAGUGAAGGUUGAAUUGGAAGAUUAACUUUUUAGAAAUAGUUGUGAAAAAAACGGCAUGGGAAUGAAAUGUACUUUACGGUCCAGUGUGGCUCAGUUGGAAGAGCAUGGUGAUUGGGUUCAAUUCCCACAGGGGGACCAGUACAAAAAAGUUUUAAAAAAGUAUACACUUACUACAUUAAGUCGCUCUGGAUAAGAGCAUCUGCUAAAUUACUAAAAUUAAAAAAUAUAUUAAUGAAGGAUUUCACACAGUUAAAUGGGGGCUGUUAAAGACUUCUCUGGGGCUAGUUAGGGACCAUCAAUAAAUUAUACAAUGUAAAUGGGACAAUAUUUUCAUGUUGCACACCUUUUGGUUGUCUCAUUAAACGCUUUCAAUAUUUGUAUAUGAAUUUCUACAACUUAUAAUUGGUUUGAGAUUUUUAAGUCAUUGAAAUUCGGAGCUAUUGACAUAAUUUUUCAGUCCCAUGUACAUUGUGUAAUUUACUGAUGGUCCCUAACUAGCCCCAUAGGGAUAUCGAAUGUCAAACCAAAUUGCAUGGGCAUUACGAUCGGGUCGCAUGCAGCUGCUCUCUGAAUUGAUGAUUACUUGGGUGCUGCCAGCUGUGGGCAUUUGGGCAGGAUUUAAAUAAACCCAACCCAAGGAAAAAUGUUAGCGUACCCUUCAUUCCGUGAAAUACCUUCUUUUUUUUAAUCACACAAAUCUUUGUUUUGGACAAGACUGACUUUAUGAACCAAAAUAUCCUAUUUACACUUCUUAGUACAUUUUGACACUAGAAUAACUGUUUCUUCCUCAUAUCGAUGCCACGUAGGCAUUUUCAAAAGGAGAAGUUGCUUUUUGCUCUUUAACUAUCUAAUCAACCAACAUGCAGAACAAGAUGUCUAUAAUCAGAAAAAGGGAGCUCGAUUAGAUUUUAGCGCAUUUUGAUAGAAUGAGACAGUCACACACAUUCUAUAUCAAUUUAAUCUCUAACCUAUUUAUCAAGGUUAGUUUCACAGAUUAUAAGAUAUGGUCAAACACAUUCAAUUCCAUUUAAUGUUAACUAUUUACUACCUUACAGGAUCACAACGCCAGGGCCAUAGCUGUGGGGGCCACAUUGGCCCAUGAGAUGGGCCACAACCUGGGCAUGAACCACGAUGACUCCAGUGCCUGUACUUGUUCUGGGAAUAGCUGUGUAAUGGCUGGUGCCCUCAGGUAAGGACCGUUAUUAUGAGAAGUUUCGAAAUAUAUAAUGUUGUGACUAGAAUGGAAUGCUGUCAAUGAUAAACCAUCUGAUUGUGGUUUACAAGCAAGAGGGAAUAUGUAUUAAAGAAUACUUACAGGCAUUGUUUUCUCUGCUCAUAACACACAGAGCAGCUAUACAGUUCUACCCACUUGGACAGCACAGUGUUUUGUGCUACAGUGGUUAUAUUGAAAGUCAGUAUAUGACCUUAUGGGUAACUUAAGUGUUUUUUCUUUCAGCUGGGAUAUCCCUAAGUCAUUCAGUAGCUGCAGUAGUGUGAACUAUGACCAGUUCCUGAAUAAUCGUAACCCUGAGUGCCUACUGAACAAGCCAGACUACCGAAAUGUGGUAUCAACCCCAGUGUGUGGGAAUGGCUUUCUGGAGAAAGGAGAGGCGUGUGAUUGUGGCUCCCUGGAGGUGAAUUAACCUUCUCAUUCUAUUCCUUCUACCACCAUUUAGAUCAACAAUGUGCCAUUCAAAUCAGACAAAAGUUGGUUCUCGUGGAGUUAAUACAAGUAUGUCAAGUGAUUACAUUGCAUUUCUGGGAAUAACAUUUCAGAUUUAUGUGCGUGGUCUUUGCCUGGUCAUGCCUGUUUUCCUUAGCUAGGGGCAAAAUAGAGAAUGCAAUAGAGAAUGCCUUUGACAAGCACAGGCCUAUCCUGAUAUACAUAUAUCCACCACCACCCACCUUAGAAAAACCUAAAUGUUUGGGAAUUUCUCUUCGAAUGAGUGUACUGACAUGGCAGUAAUGCAAUGAUAAGAUUCACUAGAUGAUUCACAUUUCCAGACAUUGUAGACUAUACAUUUUCACGCAUUGUAUGAUAGUCAUGGCUAUAUGGUGAUCUGGUAGAAGAAACGUUGAAAGUAAUAAUCCAUGAACAUCAGUUUACAUUCCAGUCAGAGGCAGUUAGGUGUGCAGGACAGUUUAGUCAAGUCAGUCUGUCCAGACCUGUUAGUCGGUCUGAUAAGAUACCAUCUUAUUGUGUCCCUGUCUUGCUGAACUACACCUCUCCUGCCAAGUCUUGUUUGCAUCAGCCUGCAAUUCCUAUUUAUAGCCUACUACAGUACAAUGUUUGUUUUACUUAGUUAGCGUGUCUUACUGUGGUAUAAAACUUUAAGGGGUAAACAUGGAUCAGGGAAACCCUUUGGCAUCUAGUUAAAGCCUACACAUACAUAGAGGCUUGACUUUGAGAUAUGUACAUACUGGAUGGAUGUACAUUAUGUUCUCAUUCCUUGAUAACUUGCUGAUCACCUCAUAGCAUUCUCAUAAUGACAUGUAGGGUUUUGAUGUUAUAGGAGUGUACAAACCCUUGCUGUAAUGCCACCAGCUGCACACUGACCAAGGGCUCAGAGUGUGCUGCAGGAGAGUGCUGUGAAGACUGUAAGGUGAGACCAGACCACAGUUCAACAGUUUUAGACGUCCUGCUGUGUUCCUCUGAUACCACAGCCCUCUUGUGGACAUGCAGCAGACACGUAUAACUAUGUCAAAGGGUUUUAUGACUUUAAAUGUAUGUGCAUUGAAGACAUUUCACUUUCAUUCCUUCAUUUUAUAUACCUUUAAAAGGAAAGGAAAUAGUGAAAGCAGAAUAUUUUCCAUAUUAUCACUUAAUAACAAAUCAUCUUGAAUACGUAUUGUUUAGAACUAGUCUGGCAAAAGCAACUCGUUGUGUACACGUGGAUCUGCGAGUCAGCCAGGCUAGUUUAAUCUUAUAUUUCGACAAUCAGAGUGGAUUCAGAGUACAGAUGCAGCGUGACACCUCUUUCACCAAGCUAAAAGACUAUCUUUCCAUACUCAUGACUGUCGGAUGUGGGAAGACUAACAAGCUAGUGAUACUGAACAUAGCAACAACCACUCUCUCCACAGAUCAUGGCCUCGUCCACAGAGUGCAGAAGUAAGCAUGAUGACUGUGACCUGGCAGAGUACUGCACAGGGAAAUCAGCCGACUGUCCUGAGGACGUCUUCUCUGUCAAUGGGAUCUCCUGUGAUAGAGGGAGGGGCUACUGCCUCAACGGCCAGUGUCCACAGCAUCACGGCCAGUGUAUGAAAAUGUAUGGACCAUGUAAGUGUGAAAGCAUUUCCCUCUGUAUCGUCAUCACAGAGUCACCUCUCAUCAGAUCAGGUGAUGUAGGUAGCUCUUCUGGUUCAUAUUCUCAUACUGCAACCUUACUGUUGCAUGUCUUUUUUUAGAUCAAUUUCCUGUCAUGAAAUGGUCAAGUCAGGAGGUGUAUUGUAAUGCAUAUUUAAAGUGUGGACACAAUGGUGACUUUUGUUGUUUCAGCCUUUUUGAGAGAUGCCAUCACCCUCUCUUUUUUGACACAUGGUGAUUCACUAAUAAACCAGAGCCAGUUCAGAAGGGAAACCCGGGUGUGGUCCCAUCAGCAGAUAUUGCACCAAUUUGCUUCACACUCUACCUACAUUCUAUUUAAAUUUGACCAGUUCUACAAAUGCUUCCUCAAUGCCGGAUGUCAUGCGCAACCAUGCGCUGGUGUCUCUUGCUACCGUUGCUGCUGUAACUAGCUGUUACUUGCUAUGCUUGCUGUUUCUGACAUAGUCUAGGCGUUAGGGCUCUGCUCCUUCAGGGUAGCGUCAGGCUAACUGCCAGAGCGAGGCGUCAUAUGAAGAUGAUAAUAUAACUACAGGCAGUGAGCAAGAUAUGCUAUAUCAAAUCCCCCGAAGGAAGAAACAGAACCAGGUGAUGGCAUCUCUCAAAAAGGCUGAAACAACAAAAGUCACCAUUGUGUCCACACUUUAAAUAUGCAUUACAAUACACCUGACAUCCCACCACCACCCCAGCCUCCACCUGGUUCUGUUUCUUCCUUCGGGGGAUUUGAUAUAGCAUAUCUUGCUCGCUGCCUGUAGUUAUAUUAUCAUCUUCAUAUGACGCCUCGCUCUGGCAGUUAGCCUGACGCUACCCUGAAGGAGCAGAGCCCUAACGCCUAGACUAUGCAUUGUAAUAUUUUCUAAUAAAUGGUUUCCUUUCUGAACUUCUCUAAUGCAUUUUGUAACAUUGGGUGUUAUCCCCUCCUCAGCUGCUGAAAAAGCCAGAACGUACUGCUAUGACCAGAACACCAGAGGACUGUACUACGCCUAUUGCAGACGGCCUUCACAGGACCAGUACAUCCCUUGCCAGAGCCAGUGAGGCCUAACAAGCAAUACCAUGUUAUUUCAAUAGACUGCUUUUACUACUCAGAUUAUGGUGUUGCUUAUUUAAGCGGCGUGUCACUGAUAUGACUCCCUCCUGUGGCUCUCCUUUGUAGAGAUGUGCAGUGUGGGAAACUCUUCUGCAAUAACGGUAAUGACGACCCCAACUAUGGUCGCAUGGUGAAGUUCUCCGACUGCAAAGCCACAUUCUACGGUGAUCACAACAGUGACUUUGGACAGGUGGACACGGGGACCAAGUGUAAUGAUGGGAAGGUAAGAUUACUUUUUGGCUGUUGCUACUGAGGCUACCUCUAGCUGUGUUUUUGGAAAUUAAAUUGAAUGUGUACCGUGUUAUUUUCUAUUUUAUUCUUGUGCCCAUUCCUCUGUCUUCUAUUCUAAGGUGUGCAGCAAGAACGAGUGUGUGGAUCUUGAGACAGCCUACGGACCCAAGGCCACCAACUGCUCAGCACAGUGCAAAGGACAUGCUGUGAGUACAGCGUCCCCUGUCUCUGGUUUGGUAUUGGUGAGCUCGGGAUGAAACACUGCUAUAAGGAGCGUAGGCCAUUGACAAAUGUCCUCCUUCUCUUCAUUCGGUUUGAGGCAAGAUUUUCCAGGUCUCACCAGUUGAGGCUGCUUUCUGUCAUCUCUGCUUGGAGGUCUCUCCUCCAAGUGUUUCUUGAAUAUGUCCUUAUAACAGGCGUAUGAAACAGUAUGAAAAUGUAUGCACUAACUGUCAGUCGCUCUGGAUAAGAGCGUCUGCUAAAUGACUAAAAUGUAAAAAUGUAUUCAGCCGGGGUCCAUGGCACCCUAGGGGUCCUCAGGGGGUCGGCAAAAAAAAAAAAAAAACUAUUUUUGAAUUACAUACCUACUGUAGAAAAGAGGAUAAUAUCUUCUUUCUAAUGAUAACUUUUUAUUUCUCAACUCCAAAUAUUGAGCAAAUUACACUCACUGGAUUAUCUGACAUAGCCUAUUCGGGGGUGCUUUUUCAAAGCCAACACAUGGCUAACCUUUGUUUAACCAGCUAAACACCUGCUCUUAGCGAAAUUGUGUUUGGAGUUACCUUUCGAGGUAAUAGGCUAUGUUAGUUUACAUUUCCUCUUCUAAUUUAUAAUGUGGGAAGGUCAAAAAUAAGGAAAAACAAUCUACCAAAUCUAUUCAUUAUAAAAUGUUGAUAAUUCAUUUGAAUAUGUUGAUGGGGGUCCCUGGACAAGAAAAGGUUGAAGAGCCCUGCCUUAUAAUGAUGUGUGUGUUUCUGUGUUGUGACACUGCAGGUGUGUAAUCACAGAAUGGAGUGCCAGUGUGAACCUGGAUGGUCACUUCCAGGCUGUGAUACAAAGGAUGGAAGCUUCACAGGCCUCUCCAGAGGUAAUCUUUGUUUUUUAAAAAAUAUUGUUUCAAUCGAUAAAAGGGAUAAGACUUUAUUUACAUGUUACUAGAGUAAUUACAGUGUUACUACAGGUAUUUGAGCAUCUUUAUGUAAAGUUUUGCCAAUCGGUUUGGUCUGUGUUUUCAUUGUAUUCAACUCUUGUAUAGACCUUUCCUUAACCUUAUCUGUGUGUGAUUGUAGAAGGAGUGAUUGGCAUUGCAGUGGCAGUCUCUCUGCUGCUCCUGGCUGCUAUUGCUGGGGCAUCGGCUGUGUUCCUAAAGAAGAGACGACAGCUCCCCACUCUGCCUAGGUGAGUACACUACGUGGGGUAUAUAUUAUUCUUUGAUGAAUUAAGAUGUACUCAAUUGUCAGGUCUCCCUUGUAAAAUAUGUAUUCUGACAUCAAUGGGUGUUCCUUAAAUAAAAAAAAAAUAAUUAAAAAAAAGGUUAUAUAAAAUAAAAUCACUGUCUGCUCAUCCGCUAGCCACCAUACCCAGAAGAAAAUCCAUGCAGUGGACAACCACAUCCAUAACAAACUGCCAAUCCCCAGCCAAAACAACGCUAUGCCACAGCAGGUAAAUCUAAUGAAAUACCUUUUGAUUUAUACAGUAUCAUCUCAAUGUUGGCCUUGGUUAAUAAGAUUCUUGUUGCCUAUUUAUUCAUCUUUUUACUAUUUCCAGCCCAAGAGACCAAAAGUAGCUCCGCCCCCACCCCCUCCAGCUGCUAACCAAUCACAAACCCCGGUCUGUGACUUCAGGGCUGCACGA